GGCGUGGUUUGUUUUAACGCCCCGUUUUUGCCCUGGAACUACUGUAAGUCAUUCUCUCUCGGUCUUUCUUUCUCUUUCUCGCGUCAUGAGUGGAGGAGAUUGGGCUAGCUUUGGGCAGCAAGGAGACGGCUCUAACAACGAAAGUGGAAGUGGUGGAGAAUGGGCAAGUUUUGGAUCUCAAAACUGGCAGCAAGGGGGACAGCCAGCUGCUCAAGGAGGGACCGGAGAAAGUGUUAAACGUCCCUCGAUGCGUGAUAGGCCCCUCCCAGCUACUCCACCCACACAACAUGCUCCUCCUUCAAGCCAACCUCCUGGUGCUAGUGUCAAUCAAAGUCAGGCCCUACAGCUCCAACAGUACAGGCAAAGACUUCAACAAAUGCAUGUUCAAUUGAGCGGAGGUCAACAGCAAUUGAAGGAACUUCAAAAGAACCCCGUUGAGAAUCAAGCUAAGAUUAAUCAGCUGACUCAGCAGCUUCAAGUGGGCGUCGGUCAGUAUCAGAAACUCCACCUCAUUGCUAGCCAAUUACAGCAGCAACUCAUACAGCAGCAGCAAGGCCCAUCUCAAGAGACUCCGCCUACUUCACAACCGCCUGCUUCACAACAGGCGACUCCGCCUGUGCAACAUGCCACGCCUCCUCAACAGCAGACACCACCCCCUCAACCACAGACUCCUGCACCGGAACAACCAACCCAACCUCCACCUCCUAUUCCAAAAUCUUCGCCUAAGGAAACUCCUAAAAACGAUGAUAUAUUUGCUGCUUUUGAGGACUCCCGGGAACAAGCUCCUCCCCCUCCUUCUCCUAAACAACAACCACAACAGGUCCCGGCACAGACAGGGUUUGGUGACCAGGAUGCAUUUGCAUCGUUUGAGAGUAGCUCACCGGCUCAGUCUCUUCAACCAACCCAACAGCAACAGCCAAAACAAGAACCUGACCUCUUUGGAUUCGACUCUCCUCCCAGCAGUCAACAGCAGCCAUUGGUUGCACAGUCUCUUCAGCGUCCAUCAAUGGUUGGAGCUACUGCAAAUGCAGAAGAGUUUGAGGCGCUUCAAGCAGAAAAAGACAAAGCAAACGAGAAACUUGCAGGAACUGAGCAGAAGCUCUCCCUCCUUGAGCAAGAGAAGCAAAGGAUUCAGAAGGAGCAUGAAGCUCUGAAGCGCUCCAGAGACGAUAAAGAUCGACAGCUUGAGGAACAGAAAAUGGAAAUUGAAGAGCAACAGAAGCGGAUCAGUGAAAUGGAGGCAAGGCAUGCCAAGGAACUGGAGCAGAUACGAGAGGCCGGACACGAGACUCUUAAAGUGAUUGUUGAAGAAUAUAAAGCACAGAUCCAGUUGGCCAUUAGUCAGGAGAGAGAGAGAGGAGAAGGUUUAUUGCAGGAAGCUAUUUCGAGAGAGCAAGAGACUGCGCAACAAAAGAUACAGGAACAGCAUGAGAGACUUACUCUAGCUUUGGAUGAGGAGAGGACUAAGAAUGAAGAAAAAGUUAAAGAAGCAGUAGAGAAGGCAAGAGAGAAUCACGAAGAGCUCUUGAGAAAGGCAAUGGCUGAUGCUGAAGAGACUUACAAGGAGAAGUUAGACCAAGCACUGAAGGAGGAGAAAGAUGCUGCAUCUGCAGCCAUUGAAAAAGCUUGGGAGGAAGAGAGAAAGAAAAGCCAAGAGGCGCUUGAAGAAUUAAAAGCUUCACAUGUCAAAGAACUAGAGAAAGAAAGAGAGAAGACACUAGAAGCUAUUGCUAAAGCCGUAGAGCAGGAGAGAGAAGUGUCAAAGGAGCUACUUGAGAAAGCUCUUGAGGAAGAGAGGGAAAGGAGUGCAGCUGCUAUUGAGAGAGCAGUUGAAAGAACACGAGACCUUGUCCAAUCAAAAAUGGAAGACGUUGCAAAAACAAGAGAUGCUGCCACUCAGCGCGUACUAAGUACUUUGGAUUUGUUCCUAGCUGGAGCUAGAUCAAACCUUCAGACAUUACUCUCCAGUAGUAAUACCAGUAGCACAGGAGGAGUCACUACACCCUCUCCUCCUGCUCCAGUUGAAACCAGCCCGGCUGAGGAGCCUAAUGUAGUAGCUACUUCAAAGGUUGAGCCUUCUCCUUCCAACGACCAGGAUGGAUUCAGCUCUGCUUUUGGUGCCUCUACUUCUACUAAUGAAGGAUUUGAAGUCUCUUUUGACUAGUCUUUGUUGGUUUCUGCAGCUAUUAUAAACUGAAUUAUAUUAUUUGAGAUUUUGAGACUUAUGUCCCCAUCAUAGAUUUGCUAUAGUCUACUUAGGCUUUUUCUAAAAUUAUUAUUAUUAUUAUGAUUAUUAUUAUCAUUAUUAUUGUUGUUGUAUUAGGCAGGUACUGUACUGUUUUUGUUUUUUGUCCAUGUGCAUGAUGUGAAUUAAGAUACUGAAACUGUGUGUGUGCUUGCUUUGUGACUAACACAAACUAAUAAUAAUAUUUAUAAAUUUUAACACUAUUAUCGUCACGAAUGGUUGUGUUUAUAAAAGAAGCUGAUAAUCUUGCUGUUUAUCAGUUUGAGUAGGAA